UGUCGAUAUUACUCAGUACUCAUGAAAAGUAUCGAUGUUCUGUACUCGUUUGGGUGGUUGAAUUAAAAUAUUUUCAUUAAAAUUUCGAAGGGCUACAGAUUUAUGAUGUCUAUAGUAAACAUAUUCAGAAGAGCUUCGAAUUUUCUCUUAGGCGGGGAUAAGAUAAGUGAUAUAACUCACACUUUCGAAGAUAAUGAAGUUUUGUUCUGCAAGAAUAAUGUAUGUAUACAUCCAUCGUCUGUUAGAAAACAUACUGAGCUGGUUCACUUCCCGGGAUAUCUGACUGUUACUACAAAGACUUUCGUAGAUCAAUUUAAUGAAGCUCGUCGUUCAACUUUGUUGCUUACGUGGAUUCCAAACACUUCAUUCUCUAAAUCAAAGUUAAAUGAAAAUGGCAUGAAUAGCGUACGUAAAAGAUUUCAACCAGAUGAAUCGGUUCCUGCUUUUAGUACAAGUAACUCGCUUGAAUUAUGUGAAUCCAAUGGAGAACAAGAUCCACAUGGCGGCCAAAAUGUUGAAAUUGAUUGUUCUGCUGAUAUUCAAGAGUUAAAAAAUGAGUUACAGCCACUUUUGGGAGACCGAGUUAAUUCUAUACGAGAUAUCAACGCAUUACUAAAUCGAAGUCAUAUAACAUCUGUUAACAUAACAAUUUCUAAUCCACAUAUAGAAAAUUAUAAUAUUAAACAUUCUUUAAACAGUGUGGUAACAGAUAUAAAUAAUAUUGGUAUCAAACAGGAUAAUUACUUUGAUGACGAAAAUCUCUCUCACGUUGCAUCCAAAAUACAUAUAUUACAAAGUAGAGUUAAGGGAAGUCCUACUGCAGCAACACGAAAAAAUAAAUUUUGCCGACGAUUUUCUGUGGAUCUCAGCCAGAUGCGUUCGCUUCGUUUAUUUUUCAGUGACGACAAUUGUACUUCCGGGCAGUUGGUGAUUGUAUCUAGAGAGUCGCAGUAUAAAAUACUUCAUUUUCACUAUGGUGGCUUAGACCAUUUGGCACAG